UUUCAUUAGGUUUUUAUUUAACAGGCAUUACCUUUAAAGCUGUUUGAUUCUAAACAGUUUGUCAGAAGAUUUGCUUACCACUGCCCUUUGGGUUUUCUUUAAUUUUAUUUAUUUUGGGAGUUUUUAGAUUAUUGCUACAAUUGAGUACAUCUUGGAGGUUGUGAUUGGAUAACACACUAUUCUGUUCCAAAUUCCUUCCUGCUUUUUUCUCAUCUCUAAUUUAGGAUUCCUGCAAAAAUACAGCAUCAAGUCAGGGAAUCUCUUUUAGAGAACCACUUCCACUGCUCUUAGGAGUAAAACAGAAUAUAAUUACAUUGCUUCUAAGAAUAAGGGAUACUUAUGGCUAGUUCUGGAUUUGAGAGAUCUGAGUAUUUUUGGUAUUUUAUUAGUGCUGUUUGAUAACCCUGAAUUAAUAAUGUAAAAAUACCUGCUCUCAUAGCUAUUUGUCUUGCUCACGAGAGAGAUCUUGUUGCAGAGAGGUGUCAGCACCAAAACAGAAUUCUGCCAUAACCAAUACAAAUUCUACCUAUACUCUUGGUGAGGAUUUGGCAGUCUGGCAAAGAACACAAAUUCCAAGCUCAAGAGCAUAAAGUUCAGCAUCUCGAAGAUGAGACACCAUUUAGUUCUGUGUUAGGACUUGAAAAGUUCAGUAUCUGUCUGCUGGAGGGCUAACUACUAAGGCUGAAAAGUUGAAAGAUAUGUGCUGAAGAGUGCUUCUACUAGACAAUACAAAGUUUAUCUCUAAGUAAGCAUAUGUGUGUGAAACUUCUGCAGCUGCACUAUGUUCCUCACUGUUUUUAAGUAGCUUUGACUUACUUUUCUCAUAAUUAGAAAAUCAUACCCUUUCUAGAAAUAGCGAAGCAAGAAGAUAGAUCGAUGUCGAUCUCCAAGUUGUAGAGUACUUCAGCUUAUGUCUGUGCUAGGCCACUUUACCUGUGGCUGUAUGUUGCUUUUUUUUCAUUCUCUGUUUCUUGUUUCUUCACCAGGUUUUCUGUAAGAUCUAAAAAUAAGUGUGUCUAAGCUCCAGGGCUCAUCUCACAACAAAUUACAGAGCUGUGGGAAAGCACGGGAGGGUUCAGAUGGCUUAAGAUGUAAAUUGCAGCUGCUGUGGAAAGGUGUGACCUACAGUUCCCCUCCACCACUGGUGGAGUAGCAUUUGCAGGGAAAUUCUGGUGAUUAAAGAUCAUGGCAACCAUAGAGGAACUGGCCCAUCAAAUUUUUGAACAGCAAAUGGGAGAGGUUACACAUUCACAGGAAGCUGCUACACAAACACUAAUGGAUGGGACACCACAACGAAUCCAGAUUGUCCCUACGGAUUCAGGCCUCUCUUUAUCACAACGUAUACAGAUUGUCACAGAUCAGCAGACGGGCCAGAAGAUUCAGAUUGUUACAGCACUUGAUCAGAGCUCAGCAGGCAAGCAGUUCAUCUUAACAAAUCAUGAUGGCUCUACCCCAAGCAAGGUGAUCCUUGCCAGACAAGAUUCCACUCCAGGAAAAGUUAUCCUAGCAACUCCAGAUGCUGCAGGUGUCAACCAACUGUUUUUUGCAUCCCCUGAUAUUUCUGCACAACACAUCCAGAUUUUAACAGACAACUCCACCAGUGAACAGGGCCUAAAUAAAGUGUUUGAUCUGUGUGUUGUAUGUGGAGACAAGGCAUCAGGGCGUCAUUAUGGAGCAGUAACUUGUGAGGGAUGCAAAGGAUUCUUUAAAAGGAGUAUACGGAAGAAUUUAGUUUAUUCAUGCCGAGGAACAAAAGACUGUGUCAUUAACAAACACCACCGGAACCGAUGUCAGUAUUGUCGGCUGCAGAGAUGCAUCGCAUUUGGGAUGAAACAAGACUCUGUGCAGUGUGAGAGGAAACCUAUUGAAGUGUCAAGAGAAAAAUCUUCCAACUGUGCAGCUUCUACAGAAAAGAUCUACAUUCGGAAAGAUCUUCGUAGUCCGUUAGCUGCAACUCCAACUUUUGUAACAGACAAUGAAACAGCAAGAUCAACAGGUCUGCUGGAAUCAGGAAUGUUUGUUAACAUUCAUCCAUCUGCAAUAAAAAGUGAACCUACUGUGCUGAUGACUCCAGAUAAGGUUGAAGCAUGUCAAGGAGAUUUAAGUACACUGGCAAAUGUGGUGACUUCAUUAGCAAAUCUCAGUAAAUGCAAAGACAUAUCACAAAGUAGUACAGAACUAUCUAUGAUUGAGAGUUUAAGUAAUGGAGAUGCAUCAUUAUCUGAACUCAAGCAAGAAGAACAAGCUAGUAGUGAUGUUACAAGGGCAUUUGAUACUCUUGCAAAAGCAUUAAAUCCAGGAGAGAGCGCAGCAUGUCAGAACUCUGAAAGUAUUGAUGCCAAUGCACAGCUGCUUGGUGGAGAAACAAGCACGAGUGUCGUUGAAAUAGAGGGGCCACUACUCAGUGAUGCUCACGUGGCAUUCAGGCUCACCAUGCCUUCUCCUAUGCCUGAUUAUCUUAACGUUCACUAUAUCUGCGAGUCUGCCUCCAGGUUGCUUUUUUUGUCCAUGCACUGGGCACGUUCCAUUCCAUCUUUCCAAGCUUUAGGACAGGAUAACAGCAUAUCAUUAGUAAAAGCCUGUUGGAAUGAACUUUUUACGCUUGGUCUAGCACAAUGUUCACAAGUUAUGAAUGUGGCAACUAUAUUAUCUGCGUUUGUUAAUCACCUUCAAGGCAGUUUACAGCAAGAUAAACUGCCAACAGACAGAGGAAGACUAGUAAUGGAGCAUGUCUUCAAAUUGCAAGAGUUCUGUAACAGCAUGGUUAAGCUUUGUCUAGAUGGAUAUGAAUAUGCAUAUUUGAAAGCUAUCGUCCUCUUCAGUCCUGAUCACCCAGGUCUAGAAAAUGUGGUACAGAUUGAGAAAUUUCAGGAAAAGGCUUAUAUGGAGUUCCAGGACUACGUAACAAAGGCAUAUCCAGAUGAUACCUACAGACUGUCUAGACUUCUCCUCCGAUUGCCUGCUCUUAGGCUGAUGAGCGCUGCCAUCACUGAAGAGCUGUUCUUCGCAGGACUAAUUGGAAAUGUCCAGAUUGAUAGCAUCAUCCCAUAUAUUCUGCGAAUGGAGACAGCAGACUACAACUCCCAGAUCAUAGGUCAUGCCGUAUAAAAGUAGCAGUCCAGGAUUCUGUGCCAUGGCAGUCAUGGUGAUGUAAAUGCAUACCCUGUCUCCAAGAGAUGGUAGUAAGCCUUCCAAUGCACCUUUCCAAAGAAGGCUCAUAUUCCUCCUUUCCAGUACACUUGGGAAACGUGGUGGAGUGUAUUAUGAUAUAGGAUCACUUCCUAUUUUUCAUCUGUCUUCAAGGACUUGUAAAUUAACUUGAUAUCUGAAGAAAGUAAGAAUUGUCUAUCCUAUUUUUGUAGAUAGACGGACUUGGAAUAUUUGUUUAUGAAGUCCAGGCUUAUGAGGAAACUGAAGAAGCUUUGACUGAACUAAGGUAUCUUGAGUUAGUGUGAUGUUUUAGAGAAAUAAAUUAACUUUCCUCUCCAA